GUUAUACGGGAAAAUUAGUUCCGUCUCCGCCCCCACGGCAAUGAAGAAAGAUGAAGCACUGCAUUUGCAUGGUGUCUGAUUUCUUUUAUCCAAACACAGGAGGGAUAGAAAAUCAUAUUUUCACCUUAUCCCAGCACCUCAUUAAGCAAGGCCACAAGGUCAUUGGCAUUACUCAUCAGUACAACGAUAGAGUAUGUGUGCGGUAUUUAUCAAAUUAUUUCAAGGUUUACUAUGUCCCGUUUCCUUGCUUUUAUCUGGAGGGGACUUUCCCAUUUCUCUUUUGUUCUUUUGGAAUAAUGAGAGAGAUAUUCAUCAGAGAAAAUGUGACAAUCAUCCAUGGGCAUGGGGCAUUUAGUGGCUUGUGUGGUGAUUCUAUGUUUGCUGGGAGCGUUCUAGGUCUUCCUACUGUCUUUACUGAUCACUCGCUAUUCGGUUUUGCUGACAUUAGCUCUAUCAUAACAAAUAAAUUUUUAGAGUUUUUUCUCUCUGACGUUAGCAGGGUCAUAUGUGUAUCUUACACAAGUAAAGAGAACACUGUACUACGUGCAGCACUAGAUCCUAACAUUGUUAAUGUUAUUCCAAAUGCCAUUGAUUCUCUGAUGUUCAGUCCCGACCCAACCAAAAGACAUCCUAACAUGAUAACAAUAGUCAUUGUGAGUAGGCUGGUCCUCCGUAAAGGGGCUGAUAUCAUGGCAGCAAUAAUCCCCAUUAUCUGUGAGCGAUAUCCUGAUAUUCAAUUUUUAAUAGCUGGUGAUGGUCCUAAGCGUGUACUAAUAGAGGAGGUGAGAGAAAAGCAUUUCUUACAAGAGAGAGUUCAGCUUACGCCUGGUAUGAUACCUCAUUCACAAGUCCGUGACAUAUUGGUACAAGGUGAUAUAUUUCUCAAUACUUCGCUGACUGAGGCUUUCUGUAUGGCAAUUGUCGAAGCAGCAUCGUGUGGGUUGCAAGUUGUUAGUACUAAUGUUGGUGGUAUUCCUGAAGUACUACCAAACGAUUUGAUAUUAUUAGCGGAACCUAAUGUAUCAUCACUGGUUGAUCAGUUAGAGGUUGCUAUUACUAAUCACAGGUCAGGCUCAGUAAUGCCAGCACACGUGAAGCAUCAGAGAAUAAAAGAAUUGUAUAACUGGUCCUCUGUGACAGAGAGAACAAUAAAAGUAUAUAAUAGCACCUCGUCAAGACCUGGUACCCUUACUAUUGAAAAACUACAAAAGUAUUAUAAUCGUGGUUCUAUUGUCAUAGCUAUUAUUUAUGUUCUCGGGAUAGCAACGGCUCAUUUAUUGUUGUACAUUAUUGAGUGGAUAAGACCUAAACAUCUUAUUGAUAAAGCAGCCUCUUUGCCAAGACAAAAACAAGAAUAGCACAUGAAGAAUUUUAUGUUAAAUUUUAUUACAUGAAGUAUAACUCUUCUUUUGUACUGUAAUAUGCACUAGCUUGAAAUUCAAGGGGGCAAAUUUUUUUAAGUUA